AUGGGCCAAGUAGCACUGAUCCCCGCCAAUAUCGCUACAGUAUGCGUUGAAAGCUUCCUCUAUGGCAUCUUCUUCGUCCUCUCUACGGUCUCUUUGUACUUGCUCAUCAAGCGUUAUCGGGAGCUCGGCGGACAGUUUAGUGGUGGUCCUCACCCAUGGACACCGAUCAUGACCUUUAUUGUCGCCAAUAUUGCAUUAUUCAUAUCUAAUACAAUUCAUUGGAUUCUCGUCGUGAUACGCAUAUUUAUGGCAUUCGUUACUUAUCCACAAGGUCCUCUGCUCUUCUAUGCGGACAUCGCUCAGCCGUCGGAAGUGGUUCAGAGCGGCGCGCUCAUAUUCACAGCGAUAGUGAACGAUGCGAUGAUGAUAUAUCGCAUGUGGAUUGUAUGGGGCUACAGCAAGCGUGUCGUCGUAAUCCCCCUGUGUACUCUUGUCGGCUUGACGGUGUGCGGGAUCGCCGUCGUGUAUCAAAUGACUCGGUUCCAUCUCGGCCAGAAUAUCUUUAUAACAGACCUGGGCCGAUGGCUGACGAGCAAUUCGGUGUUCACGCUUUGCACGAACCUGUACUGCACGUCUAUGAUUGCGUGGCGAAUCUGGCGCAUCAACGAUACAGUCGAGGGACACAAGAGCAAUAACCUCAUGUCUGUACUCGCCAUCAUCGUUGAGAGUUCUGCCAUUUACACGAUCUGGACGAUCUUCUUCCUGGUCACCUACGAGGUCGGCUCGAAUCUGCAAUUCCUGAGCAACCAGACACUCUCUAUCGUCGCUGGGAUUUCGUUCAUGCUCGUCAACGUUCGCGUGGGGAUGGGCUGGGAGCAGAAACCACCGCAGACCAUCUCUACGUUCGCGGCCGCACAAAUCACAUCCAGGACUCUCAAUCAAUCGUAUAACUUACAGCCCAUGACGGUAUGCAUCUCGCAGGCGGUUGACUGUGAUGAUGACCUCAGCAAAUCGGCCUCGCAGUUUUCUUCCAAGGGUAUGGAAACGUCUGUCUGA